AUGGUUCGACAAUCUGCCCGCAGGGCAGCGCAGGCACAAGCAGUCAAAACUGAGUCCACCCGCGUAAAAAAGGAGGUCGUUGCGGAGGAAGUCGACACCACGGUUAUCACCAAAUCAAAAGUCAAGGUUGAGACCAAGAGGGCGGCACCAAAGCGUAAACCGGCACCGGUAGAGGAAGAUGAGUCGGAACUCGACGAGGACACCCAAAACACAGCACCAGUUAAGGCCGAGGAAAAGGAAGAGGACAAGAAACCAGCGCCCAAGAAGCGCAAGACAGCCGCCUCCAAGAAGGAAACCAGCGACGAGAUGGCGCUCGCCGCACGAACAGCCGUGUCCUCGCUCCCACGCGCCAUGUACAUUGGCGCCCACGUCUCGGCCGCCGGGGGCGUACACAACGCGGUGCAAAACGCCAGCAACAUCGGCGCCAACGCCUUCGCCCUCUUCCUCAAAUCCCAACGCAAAUGGGUGAGCCCGCCCCUCGCCGACGAGACCAAGACAGCCUUCCAUGCCGGGCUCCAAACCCAAAAAUACGACGCGGCCAAACACAUCGUCCCCCACGGCUCCUACCUCAUCAACCUCGCCCAAGCCGACGCAGCCAAAGCCCAACAAGCCUACGACAGCUUCCUCGACGACCUCCAACGCUGCGAAGCCCUCGGCAUCACCCUAUACAACUUCCACCCCGGCUCAACUGGCGGCGCCAGCAUGGCCUCCGCCUGCAGCCGCAUCGCCUCCCAGCUCAACCGCGCGCACGCCGCCACCUCCUCCGUGGUCAUCCUCCUCGAAAACAUGUGCGGCAGCGGCAACGUAGUCGGCUCCCGCUUCGAAGAACUCCGCGACAUCAUCGCCCAAGUCGACGACAAGUCGCGCGUGGGCGUCUGUCUCGACACCUGCCACGCCUUCGCCGCGGGGUAUGACAUGCGCACCCCGGGAACUUUCACCAAAACCCUCGCCGACUUUGAUAGCAUCAUCGGCCUGUCAUACCUCCGUGCCCUGCACCUCAACGAUAGCAAAGCGCCCUUUGCCUCCCACCGCGAUCUCCACGCCAACAUUGGCACGGGAUUCCUCGGCCUGCGCGCCUUCCACAGCCUGAUGAACCACGAAUCCCUUCAGAACCUACCCAUGGUUCUCGAGACGCCGAUCGAGGAGAAGGGCCCCAACGGGAAGAUGGUAGAGAACAAGCAGGUGUGGGCGGAUGAGAUCAAGUUGUUGGAGGGGUUGAUUGGGAUGGAUGCGGAGAGUGAGGGGUUCAAGGAGAAGGCGGCUGCGUUGCAGGUCAAGGGGCAGGCGGAACGGGAGAGGGUGCAGGAGCAGGUGGAUAAGAAGGCCGGGAAGGACGCGAAGAAGGGGGCGGGGGGUAAGGGGAAGGGGACGGCUGGUGCGAAGGGGGGUGCGAAGCAGACGGCUUUGAAGUGGCCGGCUGCGAAGGGGAAGGGGAGGAAGAAGAAGGAUGAGGAGGAGUCGUGUGAUUCUUGUGGGGAGAGUGAGUAG